CUUCACGACCAAGCUGUUGCAUCACGCACGCCAGCGCAAGAUGGCAACCCAAAUCGACAAAGACGAGAAUGCCAUUGUCAGCGUCAUCGUGCUUAAUGGGAAGGUUGAUCCUUUGAAAUGGGGGACGAAGGUGUACGUGGAGGUCAGACUCGGCGAUCUACACGUGCAGCGGCUCUCUCCCGUGAGCGUGGAUCCCGUCACGGGGGAUUUCUCGUACGAGAGCGCUACGGGCAACAUCGCCGUGUUCAAUAGCAACAUCCUGGAGGAAAUAUUCGACGAGACCUUGCACAUCGUGCUUCGCUCGUGGCACCCCACCUCGAACUGGGUGGAUUCCGCCAAGAUCCUCCUCUCGGUGCGGUCGAUAUCGAUAGAUCCAACGAUCAGACCAACGGGGGUGGAUAUGGGCGAUGCUAGCGGAGAGUCAGAACGCGAGUUCAUGGUGUUCCGGCUCGAACCCGUCCUGGGCGGGGAUAGCUUCCAGACGGCAGAUGAAUCCGUUCCGAACUUGGUGCUAAGCGCUACCCUUCGGAGCCCAUUCCGUCCGCCUGUAGAGUCGGUGGCGCGCUUGCUACAAGGGUGCGCCUCCACCGUGGACCUCGCGCUCGACACAGUGUCUCUACAAACGGAACGCGUCGCUCCGUACUUUACCAGCCAAGCCGCCCUCAUCCCGAAGAUCCCGGCGGGGAUUGUCGUUUUGGCUUCUCUUCCCUUGCUUUGUGUCCUAGGAGUGGCGGGCCUUCCUCUUUUAGUACCGAUGUUGAUCGUAGUCGCCGCUGUUGGAGGCGCCGGUGCGCUGCUUACGGCGGCGGUGUGGCUCUUCAGCCGCGGCGGGCGGGCGUGGGUUCAGCGGGCGGUACGGCCCGCCUACGACAGGGUCGGCAGAGAUAACCCCGAGGCGAGUCAGCUGAGAAGAGUGCUCUUCCCCGUGGGGCCAGGACCGUCCCCCGCACGCAUCGCGCAAUGUCUGGUACCCACGGGAAUGUGGUCCAAGCUAGCGAUGUCAAUAGCGGUCGACACAGUUGGGUGUACCUCCUACGCUGUUCCGAUUCUGGGCGAGUCGACAGACCUGCUGUGGGCUCCGGUGUCCUACUUGCUCAUCGAUGCCAUGUACCAUGACUCGAGCCCGUGGGCGGGGGUGUUCGGCGCAAUGGAAGAGCUCCUCCCCUUCACCGACAUCAUCCCCACCGCCACCCUAGCCUGGAUGAAGGAAUUUCUGCCGCAGAUGCUGCAGGGAUUGAGCGCCGCCGACCAGAACCGGCAAGAGCAGCACGUAUACCACUCUGACGACAACGUCGGGCCGGGUGGUGUGCACUUCCCGAGCCAACCUGGCGGCGUGCGGUAAACCUCUGCGGUACGCCUACGUUGCUCCGUGGAGGCGUCGUUUGUGGUUUUCUCGCUGGUGGUGUUUCGGUCGUUGUCUUUGUUAUUGCUGUGAAAUAAUCAUAAAUCCUCAAUCUGAUGGGUGCUGAGUUUUGUCUUUGGCACCUCAGUGUGUGCACCUCUAUUUUGUUUCUGGCAGCCGUUUACGGCUUGAAACGUACCGGUAGUUGCGGUUGGUUGUGGUCACAACGCGUUUUUCUUCUUGUUGGUGGCCUUGUUUCAAGGGGCGUCCACAGUGGUCGAAAUUUCUGCCGAUGGACGCUCGCAUUGACAAAGGGUUGUGGACGAAUAUAUCUUCUCAUCUAAUAUUGUUUGUAAAUACGCAUAGUCUAUGUAAGUAUCGAUGGGGUUAGCGGGGAAAGUCCCGGCGCCCACCCUGAGCGGCUACAAAUUUGUUUGUGUUUUUGUCUGAUGCUCAAUCAGGAAUUUUUUGGCAGGCUGGAAAUAAGUGAAUGUUGGGUGGGGCGUGUUGCAUCAGUUUAGCAUUGGGUCGGGUUAUGACGCUCGGCAGAUGUGCGUUGGUGCGUAGCAUGGCCUGUGGUGUAGCUCUAGGGGCUAGCGGCGUGUCGAGGACGGUGGGUCUGUUGUCGUUAAGCUCUUGGUCUUGUUGGCGUAUCGUUGGAUCAUCAACAUGCUGCUGCUGCUGCCGCUUUUCUUGAACCAUUGAAUAGCCCAUGCAGUCAAGUUGCGUUUUCGUAUGCAACUGCUGCGCACUGCGCACCGCUUGCAACAGUUUUGUCUGGGAUACAAGCGGGGUGUGCCAGUUGUGCUGUCGGUAAUUCUUGUGUAGAGGAGUGAAGUUUGCCCGCCUCAUCAAUGCCAGAAAGCACUCUAUUUUUGAGUUUGUCGAGCGUGCACUCCGUCGCGAUUUACGCCAGCUACAUGCACCGCGAAGGAAGCAGGUACCCUGAGCGGGUAUGCUUAAUAUCGGUAGAAUAUUCACUGCGUCCAGGGGAGGUCCCCAAACGUGAUUUUGUGGUGUUCCCCAACUCUUGCACCGUGCACGGCCAACCAACAAGCGCACCGCAUUACUCUGAGGGUCCCGGUCAGUGCCGGAUGCUAUACAGCCGAUCUCACCGUCAUUACAGCGGGAAACCGGCAUUUUUUAGAGUGUGUGUGUGUGUUUUC